CUGCUCUGUGCUCUAUAUUAUAGUUGAACAGGAAUAUGAGUGAUACGCGCGAUCAGAUAUUGGAGCAAAUCAAAGUGCAAGGCGAUCUCGUCCGACAACUGAAAGCUGCCAAGGAGUCCAAAGAGAAGGUUUGAAAAAAAAAACGAAAAGAGAAUUGCAAGAAAAAGAAAGAAAGUUGUUGCUAAUUUUGAGCAAAUUAUAAAUAAAAAAAAAAAUUAAAUAAGGAAAAAAAAAAAGAAAAACCAAAAAAAACAAAACACAUGUUGCGUUCAAUUGGCCGCCAGUGGCGCUGUAGUGCUGCGUUUCAGUGUGCAACGUUCCAGACGGCGCCCUCUGGCGGCGGGCGUUCAAGCUCUGCCCAAGUUCCCGCCCAACAACCACAGCAACAACAACAACAACAACAUGAGAAACAACAACAACAGCAAGAACAAGAGCAACUCCAGCAGAUCGAUGAGGAAGUCUCCCGCCUGCUGGCCUUGAAGGCCAAGCUGGGCGGCGAUGCCACGCCCGCCAAUCAGAAGUUCACCUUGAAGACGCCCAAGGGCACACGGGACUAUGGUCCGCAGCAGAUGACGCUGCGUCAGGGUGUACUCGACAAGAUCGUGCAGGUCUUCAAGCGUCACGGUGGCGAGGCUAUCGAUACACCUGUCUUCGAACUGAAGGAAGUGCUAACUGGAAAGUACGGCGAGGACUCAAAGCUAAUCUACGACCUGAAGGAUCAGGGCGGGGAGAUCCUCUCCAUGCGAUAUGACCUCACGGUGCCCCUGGCCCGCUACCUGGCGAUGAACAAGAUCUCGAGCAUCAAACGCUAUCACAUCGCCAAGGUCUAUCGGCGGGAUAAUCCCGCCAUGACCAAGGGACGCUACCGGGAGUUCUACCAAUGCGAUUUCGACAUUGCCGGCACCUAUGAUCCCAUGCUGGCCGAUGCCGAGUGCGUCAAGAUCGUGGCCGAGAUCCUCGAUACCCUGGACAUUGGAGACUAUGUGAUCAAGUUGAAUCAUCGCCAGCUGCUGGACGGAAUGUUCGAGGCGUGCGGUGUCCCAGCGGAUAAUUUCCGGGCCAUUUGCUCAGCGGUGGAUAAGCUGGACAAGUCACCCUGGGAGGAUGUGCGCAAGGAGAUGGUGGAGGAGAAGGGCCUGGACGAGGCGGCGGCGGAUCGGAUUGGGGAGUAUGUCCGUCUAAGUGGCGGCACUGAGCUGGUGGAACAGCUCCUGGCCGAUGCCAAGCUGAAGGCUGUGCCCAAUGCCGUCAAGGGGCUGGAGGGCAUGCAACUCCUACUCAAGUACUGCUCCAUCUUCGGUCUGGAGAAGCGGGUUAGCUUCGAUCUGAGUCUGGCCCGUGGCCUCGACUACUACACCGGCGUCAUCUACGAGGGUGUGCUCAAAGGCGAGUCCGCCUCCGUGGCCACAACGCCCGUAAAGACAUCCCGUCAGAAUGGCGACCAAUCGAACGAACCGGCCACUGUGGGAUCUGUGGCGGGUGGCGGUCGUUAUGAUAAUCUGGUGGGUAUGUUCGAUCCCCGGGGCAAGGCAGUACCCUGUGUGGGUGUCUCCAUUGGCGUGGAACGGAUCUUCUCGGUGCUGGAGGCGAGGGCAGCGGCCGGUGGCCAGAAACUGCGCACCAGCGACGUGGAGGCGUAUGUGGCCUCCGCCCACAAGGGAUUACACGAACAGCGCCUUAAAGUCCUCAACCAGCUAUGGGAUGCGGGCAUCAAGGCGGAGCACUCCUAUAAGUUGAAUCCCAAGCUGUUGGUGCAACUGCAGCACUGCGAGGAGCAUCAGAUACCCUUGGUGGUGGUUCUGGGCGAUGCCGAGCUGGCCCAGGGAUUGGUGAAGCUGCGGGAGGUGACCACACGUCAGGAGACGAACGUGAAGCUGGAGGAUCUGUCCGCCGAGAUACGGAGGCGCCUCCACUCGGCCGCCUAGGCCUCUCCUCCCUGAUCCUUGAUAUUAUCGCUGGAUAGCACUUUGCUCCUAAUUUAUGAAAACCAUCCAACCUCCUCCUCCUUCUCCUCCUCCUCCCAAAAAAAAAUAGCUAAAGAAUUGAAUUCACCGACCAGCUGAUCACAUCGAAGUGUAUAGAUUAUCAAAUGAAUUUUUUUUUUUUUGUGUAUCCUAUUUUGUAUCCUAUACGUUUUUGUAUUUUGGGUGUCCUGGCCGAAGGCGCCUCGUGCUACUAGGCUUAGGUCUACUGUGUAACCGUAGGAGUAAGUUAUACGGACAACUUAUACCAAAAUGAACGCUAAAAAAAAGAGUUGAAUAAAAAAUAAAUCGCAUUUAA